UCAUUAUCAGCUUUUCCGUGGGGAUUUUUUGGGGCGCUUUUUUUCGAGGGUGACAUGCAGUGAUCGCGAAAUGGUGGCAAAUGAUCGUGGAAUCUUUACCAUUGACGAAAAGUUGUCGAUUGACAGUGAGAAGAAUGGGCGAAAGAGUUGUGACGAAGGGGAGAAAAUCUCUCUGGAUGAGGCUCUCGACAGGCUCGGAUUCGGCCGCGUGCAUAUGCUGGUCAUCAUCGCGGGGGGACUUUGCCUGCUCACGGUGAUCAACGAGUCGAUGGGCAUCGGCAUGCUGAUGCCGGUGGCUCAGUGUGAUCUUGAGCUGACAUCCACUGAUAAGGGCCUGUUGAGUGCUAUCAGCUUUUUGGGAAUACUGACAUCAUCCCACUUCUGGGGCUACUUGGCGGACACCAGAGGACGCCGCAGGAUGAUCAUGUGCACACUAUUCGGCACGGCGAUCAUCACGAUCUUGUCGAGUGUCGCGCAGAAUUUCACCCUCUUUGUCGUGCUGCGAUUCUUAUCAGGCGUUAGCAUCUCGGGUCCAUCAGCCGCGAUCUACGCGUAUCUGGGCGAGUUCAAUUGCAAUCGCUACCGAGAUUCCGUCAUCUCCUUCACCAGCACCUCAAUCGGACUCUCCGCGGUGUUCGUGGCGGGCCUGGCGUGGAUCCUGCUGCCCCAAACCUGGGCUUUCGAGAUCUACGAGGGCUUCUUCUUCCGUCCAUGGCGUCUGCAGCUGAUCAUCAACACCCUGCCCGGGAUCUUGGCUGGUGUGCUAAUUGGCAUUCUGCCGGAGAGCCCGAAAUUCCUUGCCUCACAGGGAAAAACAGAAGAGGCUCUGGCUGUUGUGAAGUGGAUUCACGCCAAGAAUUCCGGCACGGAAGCGACUCAGCUGCGAAUCAGCGAGAUCUCGUCGGAGGCCCAGACGAAGGGUGGGGAUUUAGGAUGUCUCAAGUCGCUGCUGAACCAAAUGAAGCCUCUCGUGUCGUCAACCUAUGUGCUGAAUUUUAUCAUCUUCUGCAGUCUGCAAUUUGGAGUGUUUUACACGUGCGCAGGGGUUGGUCUCUGGUUUCCGGACAUCGUCAAUCGAGUGCUGCAGAAGGCGGGAGACGAUAGUUUGACUCUGUGUCAGACUCUUGACUUCAAACCCAAUGCGACGAGCUUUGAGCUUUUGGAAGACACUUGCGACGACUCCAUUGGAACAGACACGUUUAUGUACAACAUGCUGUACGGAUUGCUCUACAUCACUGGCUAUAUUAUCCUAGGAUUUCUCGUGAAGCUCUUCGGUCGCAGAAUACUACUUGUGUCUGUCUUGGGAGGAUCAGCGGCCAUUGGAUUGGCGCUCAUUUGGGUCACUAGCCGCACUCUUGUGGUGUUCUUCCUGAGUCUGCACUUGAUGUUCGCCGGGGUGUCAAUUUCGGUGAUCAACUCGUCUGUUGUGGCUGUUUUUCCCACCCACUUGAGGGCAACGGCGGUGUGCAUAACGCUGAUGUUCGGCAGAUUGGCAACAUUCACCGGAAGCAACAUCAUUGGGCAUCUCUUCGAUAUCAAUUGUCAACUGACAUUCCUCACAUCCGUCGGCAUGAUGAUGGUGUGCGCCACAAUUUCACUCUUCAUCCAAGUCAAAAAGCAAUCAUCAUGAAAAGGAUCUCAAACAAGCCAGAGACUGAGAAAAUUCAUAAUCAGAAUUACCACCUAAGACUUCACUAUAUAGUGUAAUUUUAGUAAAUAAAGCAUUGAAACAAGAAA